GGAUGCCAACAUUAUUCAGGUCUACCACGAAAGCCAUCCCAUCACUCAAUCGCCAAUUCAUUUCCUCCCUGCUUGAGAAUAAAUCCCCGCCUCACACGAAUAGAGCCCUAGUAGUUAAAUCAGAUGCAAUCGAGGACUUGGUGCGGCCUUUUGGGUCCAGCCUUGUGCGGUUGUAUUUCCAACACAUUUCUCCCGUGUUUCCUAUCCUUGCCAAGACGCGCUCCUUGAGAUAAUACCAUGACACAAAGACAAGUAUUCCAGCCUCU